AUGGCAACUCAAGGACCGCUGACCACAUCCCUAACCACCGUACUCGGAACAAAACAUCCUAUAAUUCUUGCCGGUAUGGCCCGUACAUCUGGCGGACCACUAGCCGCAGCCGUCAGUAACGCAGGCGGUUUGGGUUGUAUAGGAGGAUUAGGAUAUACACCGCAACAACUCCGCGAAAUUAUCCACGAUUUGAAAUCCCAUCUUAAAAACCCAUCUCUUCCUUUCGGUGUCGAUCUCGCUCUCCCUAAGGUAGGAGAGGGUGCUCGAGCUACUAAUCACGAUUAUACGAACGGACAGCUCGAUUCAUUGAUCGAUGUCACGAUUGAAGAGGGCGCGCGUUUGUUUAUAUCUGCUGUGGGAAUUCCUCCUCCACAUGUAAUUAAGCGCUUGCAUGAAGCGGGGAUUUUGGUAAUGAAUAUGGUUGGGGCACCUAAACAUGCUAUUAAAGCAUUGGAUGCAGGUGUUGAUAUCGUGUGUGCGCAAGGAGGAGAAGGAGGCGGACAUACAGGUGAUAUACCGAAUUCGAUAUUGAUACCUGCGGUGGUGGAUGUAGCGAGGAAAUAUAAACCGGCGAUGUUGAAGGGGAGGGAGGCGCUUGUUGUUGCUGCGGGGGGAAUAUAUAAUGGUAGGGGAUUGGCGAGUAGUUUGAUGCAAGGAGCGUGUGGAGUGUGGGUUGGAACGAGGUUUGUGGCAAGUGAGGAGGCGGGAUGUAGUAGGGCUCAUAAGGAGGAGGUGGUUAGUGCCAGGUUUGAGGAUACGUUGAGGACUUUGGUGAUUUCGGGGAGACCGUUGAGAGUUAAGAUGAAUGAUUACAUACAAUCCUGGGAAUCACAACCAGAAAAGAUCAAAGAAUUAACCCAGAGAGGUAUCACGCCUCUCGAAUACGAUAUGGAACAGGGAAAAGAUGUAGAUAUACCACAUUUAAUGGGUGUAGUAGCUGGAGUUAUUGAAGAUAUUAAACCAGCUGGAGCGAUCGUUGAUGAAAUGAUUAGCGAAGCGGUAGACAUGUUGAAGAAGGCGGAUGGUUUCUUGAGUAGUAGUGCGAAGAGUAAAUUGUGA